UUGCUCCUUCAGUUGAACUUUGAAUGAUAGACAGCGCAGAGCGUCAACCAGGCUCCACAGAAAGCUUCCGCGUUUGUUCCUCUCAGACGUCUGACCGAUGAACCCUCUCCUCAGCUCUCGUCGCAGCUGCACGUGUAUGGCGUUGGUGAGUUGGUGGGAGUUCUGCCGAGCACAGCAUCGGCUCCCCAUUGUCGGCGAGUAAGAAGUGUCAACAGCCUGAGCGAGCCGACUGGAUUCUGACGGGUUCUGACCCACAUGAAGGCGAGUCCACUGUCCGUCAGACCCCUUGAGAGCUUCGGCCUUGAGAGUCGGUGCGAGGCCCGAGGAUCUACUCAGCGUUUUCCUCCUCUUGUUCUGAAGACGAAAUGAGUCACUCGGCUCCUGUUGAGAUCAAUUACAACUCCAUGAAGCUGCUCAUCACUCACAACCCCACCGACGCACAGCUGGUGAGUUUCGUGGAAGGGCUGAAGGCUCUCGGCAUCACCACGCUGGUGCGAGUGUGUGCUGCCACUUAUGACAAGAAGCCUGUGGAGGAGGAGGGCAUACAAGUACUGGACUGGCCCUUCGACGAUGGCUCAGCGCCCCCCGACCACGUGGUGGACGACUGGCUGGGCUUGCUGCAGGCCCAGCUGUGCAGCGGGAGCUGCCGCGUGGCCGUACAUUGCAUGGCAGGACUGGGCCGAGCGCCAGUGUUGGUGGCCUUGGCCCUCAUGGAGGGAGGCAUGCAGUUUGAAGACGCGGUUCAGUACAUAAGGCAGAGGCGACGCGGAGCCUUCAGCUCCCGGCAGCUGCUUUUCCUACAAAACUACCGAGCCAAACAGUGUCUGCGCCCCCAAAAAUCCAGAAGACUCAUGUGCACGGUACAGUGAAGACGUUCCUGUAGCUUAAAAUGGUCACCAGGAACAUGCACCCAGAAACAUUUAUGUACCUGAAUACAGACAUAAAUUAAUAAAAAGUCUUCUGUUCAUUACGGCUCAGGAGAGUAGUGUUACGUCGAGACAUCUAAGACUUUGAGGGACCAAACUGACCAAAAGCAUUUCAGUUCUUGAUUUAUUCUGAAAAAUGACCACAGUUUCUUUGGCAAUAACAAGUAGAUGUGUCCAUAUCACUAAGAAACCUAUGCUUGGUUUCAAACCAUCAAAGUCUUGGACUUGGUCUCUGUAUGCUCUGUUGUUGUUUUCGACUAUCACAAAAAGACCUACUUUUAUUCAUGAAAAAUAAAUAACAAAUGGAGUUCCUCGACCGAAAUUCACGCCCAAGAGUUGCCAGGAUAUUCAUCACUACUCAGAGCCAAGCUCCAUCUAACAGAGAGCUACUUUGAAGAAAGGUGGACUUAAACCCAGAUUUCUGUCUCCAACUGCACAACCUCAGGAUUAAAACGAACUCAAAUCUUGGUGACAAAUGUUAUACCACACUGCCCAUCAUUUUUUCCAGCUCUAACUUGUCAACAGCAUUUAGCAUAUUGUUGUUUUUACGGAUGAACAACACCAUGGAAGGAUCUUGGAGAGGCAGCUUUAAUUCAUCCGCGUUCUAGACUCCAUUCGCCAUAUUAACUGACUUAUUCUCGUUUUUGUUCCCAGGCCAUUUAUCGCAGAGAGACGUGCAAUAAUCGAAUCUAAUCGAAUCUGAUCUGCAUUGAGCCAGUGCCAUUAUGACAACGGUGGCGUAAUUGAAAGUAUUUGUCCACUAGAUGUCACGAGUGAGCUAAAAUGCUUUCCAUAGUCUCAAAUAAUUAACAACUACUGAAGUGUUUUCGUACAUUUUAAUAGCACAUAUAAAAGCUCAUGAUAGGUUUUGAGCUAUUGAAUGUUAUCGACAAUGAAACACAACAAGAUCAUUAAUUUGAUAA